AUGCAAGUCGAAACUCUAAAGCGAGAAGUGAAGGAGGCGAGAACGUUGCUGCUGGAAGAGCAAGGAGAGGCAGCCAAGUCAAGGGAUGAGGUGUGUCGUCUGAGAGCUGAGCUGGACUUGAUGAAGACGUCGCAGUUGGAUAGGGUAGUGCAAGAGAAUGAUCGAUUGAAGCGACGGAAUGCCGAAGCACAGCAGCUUCUGGACACAGCACAUGAUGAAGCUCUGAAGUUUCGGAAGGAGGCUGGUGACGCUGAGUUGUUGAGGAAGGAGAAAUCCCUGGCAGUGGAGGAGCUAGAGCGGUUGAAGCAAACAUACAGCGAGGACAGGGAGCGGCAUGCAGAGGAGGUGGCGACUUUCAAGACAACCGUUGAAACACAACGACUACGGUUGAAGCGUUUGGAAAGCUUACACAACGAGAUAGAGAGAAUUGACUUACGCGGUGGCCUCUCAGCAUUGCAAGCUCUUGCCAGGACGGUGAGUGGUGUACGGGAGGAUGGGCAAACUGAGUUUUGGCUCAUGUUGAUCGUGAGUGGUGAUGAUAGAGGGCCUCUGGUUCUUGCCAUGACANNNNCAUCCUCGAAGGAGAAGGAGCUCCGAGAGGUUGAGUGGAAUAAUCGUGCACGAGUUACUCUGGGCACUUCAGAUUGUGGGCGGACAUCUCUCUGCAGCUGGGGUGCAUAUACUAAGAAUGGAUAUCUUAAGUGGACUUUGGACUGCAUUGUCGAGUGCAACUUCCUAUGCGAUUGCAAUUACAAUACCUGUCCACUUCGAGUUGUUCAGAAGGGCCUCACAAAACGGCUUGAAGUGUUCUGGACUGGUCGCGAACGAGGUUGGGGAGUAAGGUCAUUAGAUGUCAUCAAGGCAGGAGCGUUCAUAUGCGAAUAUGCCGGCGAGCUCUUGCCAGAGAGCGUCGCUGAGACCCGAGGAAAAGAACUCAGUGAUAACUACCUUUUCGACCUAGCCCGUCAUGGUGCUGGUAAAAUGUGGAAAGUAGGGGCAGCCGGCUCACAGCCUCCACGAAAGAAGAGAUCAACACUAGCUGGUGAUCUCGAGAUGGAGACGGACUUGAGCGGAGAGAGCUAUCAGUGUUCGGCCUCUGAAGACGAUCAGUCGGUGGGUUCCUCGAGCUGCGAGCAUGACACAAGGAAUUCUGAGUUUACUAUUGAUGCUUGUUAUUUUGGCAAUGUUGGUCGGUUCGUGAAUCACAGCUGCUCACCCAACCUCAUCAUACAACGAGUUCUUGUCGAUACUCACGACUACCGUCUUCCUAGGCUGGCUUUGUUCGCAGAGACUGAUAUCGAUCCUCUAUAUGAACUCACAUAUGACUACGGCUACCGUGUAGGCUUGGUGGCAGGCAAGACAAUGGAAUGUAGGUGCGGAUCAGCUAACUGCAAGAGGAGACUUUACUGACCA